CCUUCCAGUCCCUGCAUGACGUGUUCCUGCUCCGCCAUCGAGCAAAAUGCCUCAAAUGCCGCUGAGGCCAAGAAGGAGAAUGGAGGGAAGUCCCCCAUCCCCAAAAUAUUUUUUGGCACCCGAACUCACAAGCAAAUAGCUCAGAUUGUGAAGGAGCUGCACAGGACGGGCUACUCAAGCGUCCGCAUGACCAUUCUGUCAAGUAGGGAGCAUUCCUGCGUCCAUCCGAGGAUCUCCCGAGGCAGCAACAAGAAUGAAAAAUGCGCUGAGUUGCUGGAAGGAAAAGAGGGCGUGUCUUGUUCCUUUUAUCAUGGAGCCCACAGGCUUACUGAGUAUCUCUCCAUACCGUCUGCGGAUAAAAAACAUCAGGCUUGGGAUUUAGAAGAGCUGGUGAGCUUGGGAAAGAAAUUCCGAUCCUGCGCCUACUUUGCAGCACGUGAGCUCAUGGUGUGCGCCGAGAUUGUGUUCUGCCCUUACAACUACCUUUUGGACUCCCAGAUAAGACAAAGUAUGGAAAUUGAGUUGAAAGACCAGGUGCUGAUUUUAGACGAAGCUCACAAUAUCGAGGACUGUGCCCGAGAGUCGGCCAGCUACAGCGUGACGGAAGAACAGCUCAAGUUGGCUCGAGAGGAGCUGGACGCUAUGGUGAACAACCACAUUAGACCGAACGACCACCAGCCUUUGCGUGCUGUGUGCUACAGUCUGACAAAUUGGUUAAGGGACGCCUGCGGUCAGCUGAUCCAGAGCGGUUAUGAGACCUCAAGUAAAGUCUGGAGCGGAAGUCAAAUGGUGACCAAUUUCCACGAAAUGGGAAUAACGGAUGCAUCGUUUCCCAUUUUACAGAAACAUCUUCACGCUGUGCUCGAAAAGGAAGAAAAGUUCCCUGGGUUAGAAAAAGUAGUUUCCGUUCCAGUUAUAAGUCCUUCAACUCAAGUUAUCCUGAAAGGUCUAUUUAUGGUCAUCCACUAUCUGUUCAAAGGAAAUCACAGGUUUGCUGACGAUUACCGAAUUGCCCUGCAGCAAACCUUCACCUGGAUGAAUGAAAAUCCACCUGACACUCAGGAUAAGAAUGGUUUCUUGGUCUGUUACCGGAAAAAAAUGCGACACAAAACGGCCGUAAACAGCCUCAAUUUCUGGUGCUUGAAUCCAGCUGUGGCCUUUUCCGAUUUAAGCAGUGUGGUCCGGUCCAUCGUUUUAACCUCAGGGACGCUUUCUCCCAUGGAUUCCUUUUCCUCCGAGCUUGGGGUGAACUUUUCCAUUCAGCUUGAAGCCAACCAUGUCAUUAGAAAUUCACAGGUCUGGGUUGGUACCAUUGGAGCCGGCCCGAAACACCGGCAGUUACGGGCAACUUUCCAACAUACAGAAACCUUCGAGUUUCAAGAUGAAGUCGGCGAGCUCUUGCUAUCAGUCUGUCAGACGGUGCGACGUGGGGUGUUGUGCUUUCUGCCCUCUUACAAGAUGUUAGAUAAACUGAAGGAUCGCUGGCUGCACACGAGCUUGUGGGAGAAGCUUGAGCUGAUUAAAACCGUCAUCGUGGAACCCAAAGGAGGUGACAAAGCUGAUUUUGAUGAGCUACUCCAAAUAUACUCCGAUGCCAUCAAGUCUCAGAGUGGCAAAGAUGGUGCGCUGCUUAUUGCUGUGUGCAGAGGCAAAGUCAGCGAAGGCCUGGAUUUCUCCGAUGACAACGCCCGUGCGGUCCUCACCAUUGGGAUUCCAUUUCCAAACUGGAAGGAUCUUCAGGUGGAACUGAAAAGGAAAUACAACGAUCAACACUCAAAAGCCAGGGGACUUCUGACAGGAAGCCAAUGGUAUGAAAUCCAGGCCUACAGAGCUCUGAACCAAGCCCUCGGCAGAUGCAUCCGCCACCGAAGCGAUUGGGGAGCACUUAUUUUAGUCGACGACCGUUUUGGAAAGAGCCCCAAUAAAUACACAGCCGGAUUGUCCAAAUGGAUUCGUCAGCAGAUCCAUCACUACAAAGACUUCGAUUGUGCCCUUAGCUCUUUGGGAGCCUUUGCUAAAAUGAACCAGAAUGGCGCUGAAGCUGCACUUGGGGCUACCAACAGCUCUCUGCUCGUGUCUACAAGUUCAAAGAUUCUGACACCCCUUUCUGCUCCAGAGGGACUUCUUCCUUUAUCACCAGGCGCUCUUCAUGAAAGGGAAGCCCAAGUUUCCAUUUUGGAAACAGGGGCUGCCGAACGCAUCGCAACUCGCCCAACAACCUCCGGUUCACCUUUCUCCACAAAGCAAAAUAAAUUUACAGACUCCAGCCCCCUGGGUUCCCCCGCUGACGGCAGGAGGAAGAGAGCGAACGGUCAAUUCUCUGCUGGCAGCAUAGAAAGUUACUUCACUAAAAUGCUGGAUUCAAUACCAGCAGGAAAGAAGAAUUACGUCUUCAAGGCUACCGGCCAAACUGAAAGAGCAGUGGAGAAAGACGGCCCCUCUGUUCCUUAUGGACCCCAGCAAAAUAAUUUGUGGGUCAAAGAAGACCAACCAAUAAAACAGUUGCCAGAUGGCAAAAUGAUCAAUGGUUCUCCAAGAACCUUGAUGACCGAGAAAUGUCCCCACGAAAGGCAGCACACCGGACAUAAAGAUGUGGAGAAAGUGGUGUCUUCUCCAAGGAGAACAAAGGUGGAACUUUCCAAGUCAGACCCAGGAAUCGAAACUGGUGCUGGAAAUGACAGGCUCUGUUUUACACCUGAACUGUAUGAUAAUGAUGAUGAUGAUGAAGAAGAGGUGGUGGAAGAGAAGAACGAAGGCUCGAUUUCCAAUGACAAUAGUACUUUGACGUCCUCUGAAACCGCAAACACCCCUGUUCUGGUGGAAGAACUUUGUCCACCCAGCACUCAAAAACCAGGAGAUGCCACCUCCAGGUUUAAAGUUGAAGCAGGAGUGGCCGCAGAGUGGUCGGGGAUCACGGAGAACAGCCGGAAUAACAGAAGCGCCAUUGAGGAAGCUGGGCAUAAGGUUGGCAUUGAGGAAACUGAGCCGGAGGUGAAGGGAAAGGAAAACCAGCUUCCUGGAUCGCAAAGCAAAGGGCUGAAAGUACAGAGAAGGUAUAAACGAAGAGCCAGGAAGCCAUCUAAUAACAGAGAGGCACACCAGCAACAGGUCUUCAGGAUGGACCUUCUGCUUUGUUGAGAAGGCUACCUGCUUCUUAACAUUUUUGAAAGCCUUUAACGUGCAGAUGUUUGACUUAGAUUGUAAUUGUUUAUAAUUUUGUAUGCGUAUAUGCACCUCUGUAUUUUAUUUUGGUUGAUGUUUUUACUGUAAAGAUCUAUGUGGCUUUGGAAAU